CAAUCGUCAUUUUGUAGAGCGUUUUUUACUGCAUCUUUUCUUCAUAGAGACAAAUUUACAACCACUUGUUUCACUAUAGAAAAAUUUAUUAUUCAAAUCGAGUCAGGACUUCUGGCCCACCCUUUAGCCGUGUUCUUCGUUUUUUAUAUAUAAUAUUAUUGAAUGAAAAAAAAUGGGCAUCAAACUCAAUUAGAGUAGUAUUAAAACAAUAUGGUUUAGAUUCGGAGCAGCAGCCAUCGCUUAAUAAAAUACAACAACCAUCAACAGCAACUUCACAAUUAUUGGAAACACGUAUUCAAUCACCAUUAAUGGAUGAUCAAGAAAAAAUCGAUGCAAAGGAUGAUAAUCAACAGUCGACAACAUCGUUUCUAACACCACCGCCUCAAUUACGUUCGCAUUUGAAACGACGGCACUCUGAAAUGUCCACUGAACCAGAAGAUAGUAGUGAUACGUUAUUCAAUUUUUCACGGACACAAACAAGAAGUAAACGAGCAAGCACAUUGUUACCGAAAGAACCUCAACAAGUAAAAAAAGGACGGUACAAGCAAGCAUUGUCAAUUGAUGACUCAGAUGAUGGAUUAAAUGAGAAUAAUAUUGAUCAACAAACAACGACAACAAGUUUAGCUCAACGAACAAAUACAAAAAAAACAAAUCGAGGAAGACAUCGUGGACGUGGAGGUGGGAGAAAAUAG